UAACAUGACGGCGUUUUAGCCAACGAAAGACCCCAAAACGGCGGCUCAUCGUUGGCUUCCAGAGUUUCAUGGAGAUUGUUUGUGUAAAUUAAGUCAUAUCCAUCUGAAAUCAGAAGCAUCUUAUCUAACACGCCGGUUUGAGCUGGGCUAAAAGUGCUCUAUUUGCAGCCCCUGAAGAACCUUGUGGGGAAGCCACAGAAAAGGAGCCAUGUUUCUGUACAACAUCACCCUUCAGCGUGCCACGGGCAUCACUCAUGCCAUCCAUGGAAACUUCUCAGGAACAAAAAUGCAGGAGAUCGUUGUUUCCAGGGGAAAGAUCUUGGAAUUAUUGCGGCCAGAUGCCAACACGGGAAAGGUGCACACUCUGCUCACAGUGGAGGUGUUUGGCAUCGUUCGGUCCCUGAUGGCCUUCAGACUCACUGGAGGAACCAAAGACUACAUUGUUGUUGGAAGCGACAGUGGUCGAAUUGUCAUCCUGGAAUAUCAUCCAUCCAAAAACAUGUUUGAGAAGAUCCACCAGGAAACGUUUGGGAAGAGCGGCUGCCGGCGCAUCGUGCCCGGACAGUUCCUGGCUGUCGACCCAAAAGGCAGAGCCGUGAUGAUAGGAGCGAUAGAGAAGCAGAAGCUGGUUUAUAUUCUGAACAGAGAUGCAGCUGCAAGGCUGACCAUCUCCUCUCCACUGGAAGCACACAAAGCGAACACACUGGUCUACCAUGUCGUAGGAGUCGACGUCGGCUUUGAGAAUCCCAUGUUUGCCUGCCUCGAGAUGGAUUAUGAGGAAGCUGACAAUGACCCGACGGGAGAAGCGGCUGCCAACACGCAACAGACGCUCACCUUUUACGAGCUGGACCUCGGCUUAAAUCACGUGGUCCGCAAGUACAGCGAGGCUCUGGAAGAGCAUGGAAAUUUCCUCAUCACUGUUCCUGGUGGUUCAGAUGGGCCCAGUGGAGUUCUGAUCUGCUCCGAAAACUACAUCACUUACAAGAACUUUGGAGACCAGCCUGACAUUCGCUGUCCCAUCCCGCGACGCAGGAAUGACCUGGAUGACCCGGAGCGUGGCAUGAUAUUUGUCUGCUCAGCAACCCACAAGACCAAAUCCAUGUUCUUCUUCCUGGCCCAAACUGAGCAGGGAGACAUCUUUAAGGUUACCCUGGAGACAGAUGAAGAAAUGGUCACAGAAAUCAGGCUGAAAUACUUCGACACGAUCCCCGUAGCAACAGCCAUGUGUGUCCUGAAGACCGGCUUCUUGUUCGUGUGUUCAGAAUUUGGAAACCACUACCUUUACCAGAUCGCUCACUUGGGUGACGAUGACGAGGAGCCCGAGUUCUCCUCUGCAAUGCCGUUGGAAGAAGGAGACACGUUCUUCUUCCAGCCCCGCCCCCUCAAGAACCUUGUGCUGGUGGAUGAACAGGAGAACUUGUCACCCAUCAUGUCCUGUCAGAUUGCUGAUUUGGCCAAUGAAGACACACCACAGUUGUACGUUGCCUGUGGUCGAGGACCCCGGUCUACUCUGAGGGUCCUUAGACAUGGACUUGAGGUGUCAGAGAUGGCUGUGUCUGAGCUGCCCGGUAACCCCAACGCUGUGUGGACAGUACGCAGACAUGUGGAAGAUGAGUUUGAUGCCUACAUCAUCGUGUCUUUCGUGAACGCCACUCUUGUUCUGUCCAUCGGAGAGACGGUAGAGGAAGUGACAGAUUCUGGAUUUCUGGGAACGACGCCUACUCUCUCCUGCUCACUGCUCGGUGAAGACGCGCUGGUGCAGGUGUACCCAGACGGAAUUCGCCAUAUCCGAGCAGACAAGCGUGUGAACGAGUGGAAGACUCCCGGCAAAAAAACCAUCGUCCGCUGCGCUGUGAACCAGCGGCAGGUUGUCAUCGCACUCACCGGAGGGGAGCUGGUCUACUUUGAGAUGGACCCGUCCGGUCAGCUGAAUGAGUACACGGAGCGGAAGGAGAUGUCUGCAGACGUGGUUUGUAUGAGCCUCGCAAACGUUCCACCCGGUGAGCAGCGUUCGCGGUUCCUGGCCGUGGGACUGGUCGACAACACCGUCCGCAUCAUCUCCCUGGACCCUUUGGACUGCCUCCAGCCGUUGAGUAUGCAGGCCCUGCCAGCCCAGCCAGAGAGUCUGUGUAUUGUUGAGAUGGGAGGGGUCGAGAAACAGGAUGAACUUGGAGAAAAGGGAACCAUUGGCUUCCUCUACCUCAACAUAGGGCUUCAGAACGGUGUGCUGCUGAGGACUGUGCUGGACCCAGUGACUGGUGACCUGUCAGACACCAGGACACGCUACCUGGGGUCACGACCUGUCAAACUCUUCAGAGUCAGGAUGCAGGGACAGGAAGCUGUGCUGGCAAUGUCCAGUCGCUCCUGGCUGAGCUACUCGUACCAGUCUCGCUUCCACCUGACCCCUCUGUCGUAUGAGACCCUGGAGUACGCCUCUGGCUUUGCCUCCGAGCAGUGCCCUGAAGGCAUAGUGGCCAUUUCCACCAACACGCUGAGAAUCUUGGCUUUGGAGAAAUUAGGCGCCGUCUUCAACCAGGUGGCCUUUCCUCUGCAGUACACUCCCAGGAAAUUUGUGAUCCACCCGGAGACCAACAACCUCAUUUUGAUCGAGACUGACCACAACGCCUACACCGAGGCAACCAAAGCCCAGAGAAAGCAACAAAUGGCUGAAGAGAUGGUGGAGGCUGCUGGGGAAGAUGAGAGAGAACUGGCUGCCGAGAUGGCCGCUGCCUUCCUCAACGAGAAUCUCCCAGAAGCCAUUUUCGGUGCACCCAAAGCUGGAGCUGGACAGUGGGCCUCGCUGGUGCGUCUCAUCAACCCCAUACAGGGUACAACACUGGACCUGGUGCAGCUGGAACAGAACGAAGCAGCUUUCAGCGUUGCUGUGUGUCGUUUCCCAAACAUAGGAGAUGAUUGGUAUGUUCUGGUGGGCGUUGCCAGAGACAUGAUUCUCAACCCCAGAUCAUCGAGCGGUGGCUUUAUCUACACCUAUCGGCUCAUCAGUGGAGGCGAGAAACUGGAGUUUGUGCACAAAACCCCGGUAGAGGACGUGCCUUUGGCCAUUGCUCCAUUCCAGGGACGAGUCCUGGUUGGAGUCGGGAAACUGCUGAGAAUCUACGACCUGGGCAAAAAGAAACUGCUCCGCAAGUGUGAAAACAAGCACGUUCCCAACCUGGUGACCAGCAUCCACACCAUCGGCCAGCGUGUCAUCGUGACUGACGUCCAGGAGAGCCUCUUCUGGGUUCGUUACAGACGCCACGAGAACCAGCUCAUCAUCUUCGCCGAUGACACAUACCCCCGCUGGGUGACCACGGCGUGUCUGCUCGACUACGACACCAUGGCCUCUGCCGACAAGUUUGGGAACAUCAGCAUUGUGCGUCUACCCCCCAACACCAGUGACGAUGUGGAUGAAGACCCCACAGGGAACAAAGCUUUAUGGGACCGAGGCCUCCUUAAUGGAGCAUCACAGAAGGCUGAGGUGAUCGUGAACUACCACGUUGGUGAGACCGUGUUAUCCCUCCAGAAAACCACUCUGAUCCCGGGAGGCUCGGAGUCCAUGGUCUACACCACUUUGUCUGGAGGCAUCGGCAUACUGGUCCCAUUCACCUCACAUGAGGACCAUGACUUCUUCCAGCAUUUAGAGAUGCACAUGCGCUCUGAGUUUCCUCCACUGUGCGGCAGAGACCAUCUCAGCUUCAGGUCCUACUACUUCCCCGUCAAGAAUGUGAUUGACGGAGAUCUCUGUGAGCAGUUCAACAGUAUGGACCCUCAUAAGCAGAAAAGUGUGGCAGAAGAGCUGGACAGAACGCCGCCCGAGGUCUCCAAGAAACUGGAGGACAUUCGCACUCGCUACGCCUUCUAAUAGUACACCUUCAUGCAGCUGGUGUGGACAGAGACGCACUCAUUAGGACCGUCACACACACACACACACACACACACACACACACACACACACACACACACACACACACACAAAUCCUUCUCUGCCACAGUGUGCCCUCUGUUCAGGACCUGGAUUGAUGGACAUGUAUGGAUUGUUAAAUGUUUGACUGUGGGCAGAUGCACACUGAAUAACAUGGAAACAUUGUAAUUCCCGCAUUGCGCUGUUAUGAUACAAUUGACAUGCGGCUCUUCUUCUUUGCCAACGCAAAUACUUGCAAUCGAGACUAAAACAUACACCCACAUAGCCGCGCCGCCAUCCCUCCACCUGCAUACUUGCUC